AUGUUCAAAAGUCACUGUUACGGCCAGCCUUGUAAAAAUGGAGCCACGUGCCAUUAUACUGGAAGGAAUUACACAUGUACUUGUGCAAAUUGGUUUUAUGGGAGGAACUGUGAUAAUGUUGACGCCUGCCUUAGUGUCCCUUGUGUAAAUGGCGGAACAUGUGACCGGGACACGAACAACUUUAACUGUGCCUGUACCAAUAGAUACCAAGGAACUACUUGUGAAAUAGAUUGCAGGCCUGGGCCGGCAGAUAUCCUGUUCAUAAUCGAUGCCUCGUUUAGUACGGAGAAACAUUUCAACGAUUCAAAAGCAACUGUCACGGCAGUCGUCAAUAAGUUACCUAUAGGAGCCGAUGAUUUUCAAAUAGCAGUCAUUAAAUAUUCAUUUGAUGCAACCAUGGAGUUUUCCUUUAGUACCUACACAUACAAAGCAGAUUUGGUCUUCGCCAUUGAUAACAUAUCACCUACCAUGGGACCCUCCUACGUCGACAAGGCCUUAAAAAAAGCGAAUGAGGUAUUUGGUAUUUCGUCAUCCUAUGGGGCUCGAGCACAGGUGUUUCAGUACCUAAUUAUAGUCUCUGACGGGCUUUCUACUCUGAGACCGGAAGCAGUACAAGGCGCUCAAACAUUGAAAAGUCGAGGGAUUAAAGUUCUAACCGUUGGAAAUGGAGAGCAAGUAGACCAGACGGAACUGCUCCAGUUAGCUACAGCCAGCCAAUAUGUAUUUUCAGGGGGGAAGGAGGAGGAUACCACAAAUGUCAUCCUUAUAGAGACCGUGAACACUAGCUGUACAGAUUGUUUACUCAACACAAUGACGGUCAUGGUGUUUAUGGUUGAUAUUUCUAAGCAUCAGACUGUUCUACAACAAACGCUGGAUGCACUUAAGGACCUGCUAUACAAAGCACUGGACUAUAACCCAAAUACUCAAGUCGGCAUGGUCCCGUUCGACUUGACAGCUACAUUCAAGUUUAACCUUAAUCAAUAUACAGAUCGAGACAAGAUCCUUCUCAACAGCCAGAUCGGUCUUGCAACGACAAACCAAAAGUCAAAUAUAACCGCUGCCUUAACGUUUGCCCGUGAGAAAAGGGUUUAAUAACAAUCGACCAGACGCCCGGAAAAUCUUAGUGUUGUUCUCUAACGAGGGCUGGACUGACUUGGAUGGUAUCUUACGAGAGAGGCAGGCUCUGAAUAUGGACAAUGUGCUAGUAGUAUUUGUUCCCGUUGGAAGAUCAGCAGACCUUGUCACUGUAUAUUCUGUAGCAGAGCGAGCUAGUGACGUGUAUUAUAUAGAAGAGGACGCCAAUUUAGUUCGAUUUAGUGCUCUUGUGGCACAGACAACGCACGUGGAAUGUCCUAUAGAUAUCUUUGACAUUCGACAGUAGAUUACUAAAAGGUUAUAUAACUAAUAUUACAUGUAGCUGAGCGAAAUUAGGUUAUCUUUGUCUGUUAUACAUUAUAUUACAGAAUCUUAGCCAGAUACUGAAAUGUCGCUUAGUUACAGGUAAUUUGUUUUCGCACUUUUAGUCUCACGUUUUCAUCUACAAGUAUGCCGCCUCAAUAAUGUGGCCUCCUCACUACUAAAGCUACGUUUGAAUUCUUCCGCGUAAACAAUGCAUUCCGACCUCACAAAGAAGAAAACGUAUUUCAAAUUGCAAAUUAUAUUUUAUCUACAACUUCAGGAUUCUUACAGUAUAAUUUGCGUUAGCGCUCGAAUGAAUUACAUCGCUUUGUGAAAAUUCCAGGAUAUAUCGCGUAAAGG